CAGGUGUCCAACAUGGCGAUCACGGGGAGCGGAUCUCUCGCUAUUACUCUCUCUCUUCUCGUGAUUUCUGCGGCGUUUCUUCCGAAAGUCGAAGGUCAGAACCUGGCGACAGACAACGUGUCGGUGAUCGAGGGGGAAAUGGCCACCAUCAGCUGUAGAGCGAAGGACAACGACGACUCCGUCAUCCAGCUGCUCAAUCCCAACAGGCAGACCAUCUACUUCAAAGAUGUUAGACCUCUGAAGGACAGCCGGUUCCAGCUGGUGAAUUUCUCUGACAACGAACUGCGCGUGUCUCUGUCCAAUGUGUCACUCUCCGAUGAGGGACGCUAUGUGUGCCAGCUCUACACAGAUCCUCCUCAGGAAGCCUACGCCGACAUCACUGUCCUGGUCCCGCCAGGCAACCCAAUCAUCGAGAGCCGUGAGGAUGUGGUCAGCGAGGGGAACGAGACGGAGCUCACCUGCACAGCCAUGGGCAGCAAGCCGGCCGCCUCCAUCAGAUGGAUGAAAGAGGAGGAAGAACUGACAGGUGAGACAACAGUUGAGGAGACUUAUGACAGGAUGUUCACCGUCUCCAGCCGUGUAAGAAUUUCUGUCACCAAAGAGGAUGAUGGAGUGCCAGUAGACUGCAUCAUUGACCACCCAGCUGUAAAGGACCUCUUGGCUCAAAGACACUUGGAAGUGCUAUAUAAACCAGAAGUGAAGAUUGUGGUGACAUAUCCUGACGGUUUAACCAGAGAGGGGGACAAUCUAGAUUUGACAUGUAUUACAGAAGGAAAACCACAUCCCCAUCAGAUCAACUGGCUGAGAGUAGACGAAGAUAUGCCAUCUCACGCCGUGGUCACUGGCUCUGAUCUGUACAUCGAGAACCUUAACAAGUCUUACAAUGGCACCUAUCGCUGCGUGGCAUCUAAUGCCGUGGGAGAGGCCUACGACGACUACAUACUCUAUGUAUAUGACUCCAGAGCCGGUGAGGGGGCACCGCAGAAAAUUGACCAUGCUGUCAUCGGAGGAGUGGUUGCCGUGGUGAUGUUUGCCAUCCUCUGUGCACUCAUUGUUAUUGGUCGAUACUUUGCCAGACACAAAGGAACUUACUUCACACAUGAAGCCAAAGGGGCAGACGAUGCAGCCGAUGCAGACACGGCCAUCAUCAAUGCGGAGGGCGGACACAACAACACGGACGAGAAGAAGGAGUACUAUAUCUAA